UCCGAUCUCCAUUAUCCGGAAGCUCAUCCUCCGGUGAACGUGCAGCGAUCGCGCGGAGUUUUGCUCGGGAUUCGUUCGAAAGCGGAAACGAAAUCUUGAAACAGCCGCGAUAUGAUACCGACCAGCACCAUCAGUCGACUGGUCGAAAUCUGCCUCCGUCUUACUGGGAUUUGGCCAAAUUCUUCGAUUUUCUUCAGACUACUCUGGUCGAUUGUGAUGGGAACAGGACUGAUCUUCCAGUAUCGAUAUCUUCUGACGCACUUUAGCGUCGAGGAGCUGCCGAAUUUCAUAGAUGGUUUAAGUACCACCUUACCGUACAGCCUUCUCUUUUUCAAGCUAAUUAUCUUGUGGGUCAAUAACCGAAUAUUUAACACUCUUCUGAAGACGAUGUCCAAUGAUUGGUACGAGUGUUCGAACAAGUACACCAUGAUCGAGAAAGCGAUCCUUGCAUAUCGUUGUUCGAAACUGGUUAUUGGUCUUUAUUCGAUAGCGUCAUUGCUUUACAGCAUCGCGACCAUCGAUUUUCACAAGCCGAUCAAUGACGAUUGCCGCCAAUUGCUUAUAAAGAUGGAAUUCCCUUUCGUUUUUUGCGACUCGCCGAUCUAUGAAAUCGUGGUGUGUGUUCAAUUCAUUCAUCUAAUGGCGGUUGUUAUCGCUAUUAGUAUGCUGGACGCAUUAAUCGUUACUUUGAUGCUGCACAUUGGUGGGCAAAUAGAUAUUAUGCAACAGCAGAUGGAAGAGAUUUGUUCGAAGGAUGACAAACGUGAUUUGUUUACUGUUAUUAUCAGGUCUUUAAUUAAUAAACAUCAUAAAAUUAUUGCUUUUUCGGACAAUAUCGAGAGUCUUUUUUCUCUUAUCGCUCUGAUGCAAUUUGUGUCGAAUACGAUAAUCAUAUGUUGUAUCGGGUUUCUCAUAGCAACUGUGAGUAUUCGACAAACAUAUUCGUUGUAUUAA